AUGGCCACGCGCGCCGUGCACCUCGAGAUAGUGAACGGCUAUUUGACUCCCGCGUUCUUAGGAGCAUAUUCACGGUUUUGCGCCCGACGAGGUCUCCCCGCGUCAAUCUACUCCGACAACGGAACAACGUUCGUCGGCGCGGACCGCGAAAUUCAAGGAGCGUUUCGCGCGGCCCUACGCGAUCCGAACUUCUUAAAUCGAACCGCCUCCGAUCAAGUUACGUGGCACUUCAUCUCUCCAGCAGCCCUGCAUUUCGGCGGGCUAUGGGAAGCCGGAGUUCGAAGCGUGAAGCACCACCUUCGACGAGUAGUGGGGGCUCACACCCUCACGUUUGAGGAAUUCGCGACACUCCUGUGCAAUAUAGAGGCCUGUCUAAACUCCAGGCCGCUCGCCCCGCUCACCGAUUCCGCUGACGAAUAUGAAGCGCUCACUCCCGGUCAUUUCUUGAUAGGCGCCGCGUUAACCGCGAGCCCCGAAGCCUCCGUGCUUCAUCUUAAUGAAAAUCGGCUCUCGCGUUGGCAAGUGGUCCGUCAGACGACAGAACGGUUCUGGAAGCUGUGGCAAACCGAUUACGUCAACACGCUGCAGCAAAGAGCCAAGUGGCGAAAAUCUGGGAAGGAGCAAAUCCGAGUAGGACAGCUCGUACUCCUUCAAAACCCGUUACUUUCACCGUGCAAAUGGGAGUUAGGCCGCAUAAUCCAAUGUCACGCGGGCUCCGAUAAUGUCGUACGAGUCGUAACAGUAAAGACCGCAACGUCCGAAUUCAAGCGGCCCGUUGUAAAAAUCUGCGUAUUGCCAAUCGAUAUCGAAAACGCCGAAACGCCGGCGUAA